CAGAAGGCAGAGUGAGUGAGAGAGAGAGAGAGAGAGAGAGAGAGAGAGUGUGUGUACAACUGUGUUAAAGUACUUUCACAUGGAGUUGAUUUUUCCACUGGAUAUAACGCAGGAAGGAAUUUAAUUCACUCAGCAAGGUAAGCAAUGUCAAAGCUUUUGAUGCUCAUCACACUGCUCCCCCUGCUGUUGGAAUGGGGGAUGUCGGUACGCACUCAGUCCCGCACUAAGAGAGAACUGGCCAGCCCGCUGCACCUGAGGGGGAUCCGGGAUCCCUUAGGCUCUUACUGCCAGGAGAGAGGAGGCUGCUGCCCAGGCAGAAAUGACCAGUGCACUGUGCCUUACCUGGACACCAUCUGUUACUGUGACCUGUUCUGCAACCGCACUGUGUCCGACUGCUGUCCCGACUUCUGGAGCCACUGCCUGGGAACAACUCCUCCAUAUCCUCCCAGUUCUUGUGAAAGGAACGGCCACAGGUUUCACUCAGGAGCAACUUACAGAGAGAACUGUAAUUUAUGUACAUGUGGUCAGAAUGGGCGUUGGGAAUGUGAGCAUCAUGCCUGUCUGAUAGAAGAUGACAUGAUCCAGGAAAUCAACAGAAGAGGUUAUGGCUGGAGGGCAGCUAACUACAGUCAGUUCUGGGGUAUGACUCUUGACGAGGGUCUGCGGUUCCGUCUGGGCACACAGCGCCCCUCAAGGACCAUUAUGAACAUGAAUGAAAUCCAGAUGAACAUGAAUGGAAACGAUCAUCUGCCAAGUUAUUUCAAUGCAGCAGACAAAUGGCCUGGCAAAAUUCAUGAGCCCCUGGACCAGGGCAACUGUAAUGCGUCCUGGGCCUUUUCGACCGCAGCUGUUGCAUCAGACCGGAUCUCUAUUCAAUCAAUGGGUCACAUGACCCCUCAGCUCUCGCCUCAGAAUCUGAUUUCCUGUGACAGGCGUCACCAGGAUGGCUGUGCCGGUGGCCGUAUAGAUGGAGCUUGGUGGUACCUGAGGCGAAGAGGGGUUGUGACAGAGGAGUGUUACCCCUUCUCUUCACCCCAGCAAACCCCUGCUGAGUUUGCCCGUUGUAUGAUGCAGAGUCGAGCAGUGGGCAGAGGAAAGAGGCAGGCCACAGCACACUGUCCCAACAGUCACAGCUACCACAAUGAUAUCUAUCAGUCAACUCCACCGUACAGGCUGUCUUCUAAUGAGAAGGAGAUUAUGAAAGAGAUUAUGGAUAAUGGCCCUGUGCAAGCCAUCAUGGAGGUUCAUGAGGAUUUCUUUGUGUAUAAGAGUGGAAUUUACAGACAUACAGAUGUGAAUUACCACAAAUCAACACAGUACCGCAAACAUGCAGCACACUCCGUCAGGAUAACGGGAUGGGGAGAGGACAGGGACUACAAUGGUAGAACACACAAGUACUGGAUUGCAGCCAAUUCGUGGGGAAAGAACUGGGGUGAGGAUGGCUACUUCCGCAUCGCUCGUGGUGUAAAUGAGUGUGAGAUCGAGGCCUUUGUGAUUGGGGUGUGGGGCAGGGUAAACAUGGAGGACAUGCACAACCAUCACCACCAUCAUGGACGACGCAAGUAGAGCAGUGAGAUCUUCUGCAGUUGGGUCUCUGUGCACCUCAGUGCUUGAUUUAUACCAUACAAAAAGUCAAUCAGGUCUAUGGCAGGUUUGGGUCUGAUUUCCACCAAACUGAUAAACCCCAGUGCCUUUUAUGUAUGUCAGUACAAGUAGCUGUUUACACUAUAUGCAUAACAGUUUUAGUUCUUCAAAGUGUUUAGUAGGAGAAAUUGGUGGCAAAUAAUUUUAACAUUUGUGGAAACUGUAAAUAUCAGCAGUCUUAUUGGUGGAAACUUGCUCAUUACACCAAUAAGUGUCCCCAAUUGGACCCUAAAGAAAAAAGAAAAAACAGCCACAGGACUCAAAAGCACUCAGGGUUCAGUAUUCCAAAGAUAAAUUACAUAGGCACACAGGCACUCUGCAUCACAAUUUCAUAAAAUAUCAAUUAUAGUGAUAUUAGGAUGUGUCUUAAGCUCUGUGUGGGGGUUUUCCUACUUUUGGAAAGGCAUGUCUUGUCUCAUAGAAUCAGAUUAUUUUGUAAUCAUUCAUUUAGGUAGUGAGACCGAAAGCACUCCAUACAUUAAUUGGCUCUAUAACUCUACUCUCUCCUCUCCACCAAUAGCUGGUGUGUGGUGAGCGUACUGGCGCACUAUGGCUGCCGUCGCAUCAUCCAGGUGGAUGCUGCACACUGGUGGUGGUUGAGAAGAGUCCCCUGUUCACUAUGUAUAGCACUUUGAGUGUAGUGUCAGAAAAGCGCUAUAUAAAUGUAACGUUCAUUCAUUCAUUUAAGGGAUAGAAGGAUGGUUGCAAAAACAAAAGGGGGGAAGAGGAUGGUUUUAGGAUCAAUAAUUUAUUCUGAAAAUACCCUAGAUUAGAUUCAUUAAACAUAUGUCUGCAUUACAUAGAGAUAGUUAUUUUAUAAUUCUUUUUAAGCAUUUCUGUAAAGUCAGUCUGUAAAGAACCACUCCAGUCAAAAAUAUUGGACAUUUCAGAUUAUGUUGGCUGUUACAUAAUCACUUGUAAAUUCCAAACAAGUGUCUUACACUCCUUUUGGAAUGUAAAUUUAGCAAACAAACCACAAUGUUUUAAUUAAAAAAAAUUUUUACAAAGGCCAUGAUAUUUGUUUGUCAUACCGCCACCUGACAUGUGCUAGAUUUAUUUGAAAUGUAAUUCAACAGUUCAACUCAUGUUUAUCAUUGGAACCUUUGGUUGAAAUCAUUAGGGUUAUUGUGUAUUGGGUAUAUUGCACUGGAAUAUAUGUGUAAACAUUUGUAAGUAAAAUACCUCUAAUUCAGUGUAACAACAAAAGCGGCUUUUUCCAAGCCUUAAGCUAUUGUAUUCUAUAAACUAAUCUGUCUAUACAAAAAUGUUUUUUCUUGUAUCUGUUUAAAUUUUUUAAUUAAUUACCAUGACCAGUACUAUUAAAAAAUACAUUUUAUUUCUGUUCAUUUACAAAAGAAAAUAGUUUUUGAUUUGACAUUUUAAAAUGUUGAAAAUUAACUAAUACCAUAGGGGCAAAAGUGAACAACAUCUCUCUGUAUGUGGGGUUUGGGUACAAUGCUGAAUAAUUUUUUGUCUUAUGUAAAUCAGAAAAAAAUCAUAUUGCAUGACAUUAUAGAGCCUUCACUUCACAAAUAUAUAUACUGUGUAUGGGGAUUAGUGUGUGUUAAACAUAAGUUACAUAUUGCUACUAGGGCAAUACUUAAAAUAUGCUUCAAUGCAUAUUAUUAGUUUCAGCCAAUUUGUUUCACGCAUGCAGCAGGUUAUUAUAGAGCAGAGUUCUAAGCAAGUCCAUCUGCUGACUUUGAAAAUGAUAAUGAUGACAUGCCUAUAAUUCAAAUGCAAUAUAAAAGGCAUUUCAUUCAGCAAUACUCUCACAGACAGGAAGACUGUUUAGAUGCAUAUUUUAGGAACAGAUGUUGUAUUCUUCCCUCUGGUCAAUCAGUAUUCAGUUAAAUGUCUUUAACCAGUCAUGCAAGAAGUUUCCAUUUAAAUGACACAGUAAUAUACAGGUGAGUGAGUCCAGUAAAUGGGCUUAUAUCAUGCAUAGUACAUGAAAAGUGGCUAAGGGCAAGACUUUACAUUGAGAUUCAUUUAAUAUACAGAACAUUGUUCUGUGCCCAGUCUGUAUCUUUCUUAUUCAAACUUAUUCUUACAUCUCCCUUCAGUUCUUUCUUCCAUCAUUGUAAUUAUGAAUGAAUACUUUUAUGUUAAGAACAAAGUUUGUAAAUAAUGCAUCUUUGGUUACUACUGUCCAAUGUGUGUUACCAUUUUAUCUCUUAUAUUGUCUAUACACAAUGCAAACCACUGUAUUGUUCACUUGUUUGAUGCAAUAAAAGCCCUACAGCCCACUUAA